UGCUGAAAUGGAUGAUUAAUCAUUGUUAGGUUUAUGUUCUUGAUCUUUAUCUUGAGGAUUAUGUUCUUAGGGGGGCCAUUCAAAUUUUCUCAACCAGUAUGUAUAUCAGACUGUUCUUUAUUUUAUCCAUUGGUCCUGUAUCACUCACUGUUUUUGUCUGUCAAACUCUUUCUCUUUUAAGACUGCUCUGUCCCACAGGGACAUGUCUUUCAUUGGUGUGCACUUCACAGGCAUUCUUCACACUUGGCAUAUUUGGAGUGAAGGUUUGCCUUUCCUUGAUGUGGAGUUCAUAUGCGUUCUUUUUCUUUCAUUAGCACCAAGGUCCAUGCAGCCUUUGUCUCAGCAUAUCAGUGUUUGGUCCUGAUGAGAGCAAAGUGCAGCAGCUGACCAACAUGCAAAGCAAUGGCACCAAGCAGUGUAGGUAUUGGCCCAGAGAGACAGCCCCACCUUUGCCUCACUUCCUGAUGGCCCAGGCAGUUCACCUGAAGAAAAACCCUCAGCCCUCACAGGUGUGGUUCAGCUGGAAGAGUGGAGGAGCUUUUUAUUUCAGCCAUGCAGGAGAGAAAAGACAUACCCCUGGGGACACUCCAGCCGCAGACACGAUGCCUGCGAUGUGGGGAUGUACUGCAGUGGUCACAAGAGCACAGUGUCCUGCUGGGCUGCCCCUGCUGCUCUGCAGUGGACAAGACACUGGAGAAUGUAACCAGAGGCCUGGCCAGCAGAGUGAACCAGGAGAAGAGUCAUUGGGCAGCUGGAAGAGUGGGCGACAUAGAUUUCACUGGCUCUACAAAGACGAGAGGAAAGUUUAUGAGGGUUUGCAGCGACACAGACCCAGUGCUGAUCUACCAGAUGCUGACAGAGGAAUGGGGCCUGGCUCCUCCACACCUGGUGGUGGCACUGGUGGGAGGAGAUGAGCUGGCCCAGAUGAAGCCUUGGCUCAGAGACACACUGAGAAAGGGACUUGUGAAGGCUGCACAAAGCACAGGAGCAUGGAUUUUGACAAAUGGCCUUCGUUUUGGCAUCACCAAACACUUGGGCCAGGCAGUAAGAGAUCACUCACUGGCCAGCACCUCCUCCAAAAUUCGUGUUGUGGCAAUUGGCAUCGCCCCCUGGAAUAUGAUCCACAACCGAGAGGCUCUCCUCACUGCCAAGGUGGAUGAGCCUGCUGCAUACAAGCCACAUGACUUGCCGCACGGGUCAGUGUAUUCCCUAGAUAGCCAUCAUUCUCACUUUGUGCUGGUGGAGGAGGAUCCCAGCCGACCGGGAGCCACCAGUGAAAUGAGGGUGAAGCUGCUCAAGCAUAUCUCUCUCCAGCGCACUGGUUAUGGAGGUGCAGGCAGUUUUGAGAUCCCUGUUCUGUGUCUCUUGGUCCAUGGGGAGCCCAAGAUCCUGAAGAGGAUGUAUAAAGGCAUUGGAAAUUCAACACCAUGGCUGAUCCUGGCAGGCUCGGGGGGUGUGGCUGACAUCCUUGUCACACUGAUGAAUAGGGGCUGCUGGGAUACAGACAGUGUUCAUGAGCUGCUGUUGGACACCUUUCCAAAUGCCCACCACAGCACAGACAUCAGUAAUUGGGUCAAGCUGAUCCAGAAGAUACUGGAUCAUGGGCAUCUCCUCACUGUCCAUGACCCUGAACAGGAGAGCUCUGAGCUGGAUACGGUCAUUCUCAAAGCUCUUGUCAAGGCUUGUAAGAGCCAAAGCCAGGAAGCUCAAGACUUCUUGGAUGAACUGAAGCUGGCUGUGGCCUGGAACAGGGUGGACAUUGCCAAGAGUGACAUCUUUAAUGGAGAUGUGGAGUGGAAGGCGUGUGACCUUGAAGAAGUGAUGAUGGAUGCGCUGAUCAAUGACAAACCAGACUUUGUUCGCCUGUUUGUGGACAAUGGUGUGAACUUGGGUGAGUUCCUUACCUAUGGCCGUCUGCAGGAGCUUUACUGGUCUGUGUCUGAGAAGAGCCUGCUUCACAACCUGCUCCUCAAAAAGUAUGAGGAGAAGCAGAUUCUGCUUGGAGCUGCCAGGACACCUGGUCCACCUGGCCAUCACCCACCUGAGCAAGGGAAACCUCGCUUCACCCUCUAUGAGGUUGCCAAAGUGCUGAAAGACUUUCUCCAUGACUCCUGCAAAGGCUUUUACCAAAAGAUUCCUACGGAGAAGCCAGCAAAGGGCCGGCUGUUCCACCAGCAGAAGAACCUGGCUGAGUUAGAGGAACGCUGUGAACAUCCAUGGAGGGAUCUUUUCCUCUGGGCCGUCCUUCAGAACCGACAGCAGAUGGCUAACUACUUCUGGGCUAUGGGCCCUGAGGCGGUAGCUGCAGCGCUGGCGGGUUGUAAGAUUUUAAAAGAGAUGGCUCGACUGGAAUCUGAGGCUGAGUCUGCACGAAGUAUGAAGGAGGCCAAGUAUGAGCAGUUUGCCCUUGAUGUCUUUGGUGAGUGUUACUCCAACAGUGAAGACCGGGCUUAUGCUUUGUUGGUGAGGAGAACACACUGCUGGAGCAAAUCUACAGUCCUUAACUUGGCAACUGAGGCAGAUGCCAAAUCCUUCUUUGCCCAUGAUGGAGUUCAGGCUCUCCUGACAAAAAUCUGGUGGGGCGCGAUGAGGACUGACACGGCCAUCUCCAAACUCGUGGUGUCUUUCUUCUGUCCCGCACUCAUCUGGACCAACCUUAUAAAGUUCAGCGACGAGGAACUUGAUCAUCGUAAUGGCCGGGAGCAGUUUGUGGAGCAGGACAGUCUGGAUACAGAAAAGGCUUUGCUGUUAACUGAUGAUGAUGAUGACCCUCUGGACCCUGCACCUGGAGACCCUGCAGCUCAGAGCUGUGCCUCUGUGUGGUGGCGUUUCUUACUCCGCCGCUGGCGGCGCUUCUGGAGCGCGCCUGUCACUGUGUUCCUUGGUAAUGUCAUCAUGUACUUUGCCUUCCUCUUCCUUUUCACCUACGUGUUGCUGUUAGACUUUCGCCCACCACCACCUGCUGGCCCUGGAGCCCCAGAGUUGAUACUCUACUUCUGGGUUUUCACCUUGGUGCUGGAGGAACUUCGACAGAGCUUCUUCACUGAUGAAGAGAUGAGCAUCUUGAAGAAGUUCAAACUCUACCUCGAGGACAACUGGAACAAGUGUGACAUAGUUGCCAUCUUACUCUUUGUUGUUGGGGUUUCAUGCAGGAUGGCCAAUCACACCUAUGAGGCUGGAAGGACAGUCCUGGCCAUAGACUUCAUGGUUUUCACUCUACGUUUGAUCCACAUCUUUGCCAUUCAUAAGCAGCUGGGACCUAAAAUCAUUAUCGUGGAAAGAAUGAUGAAGGACGUUUUCUUCUUCCUCUUUUUCCUGAGUGUAUGGAUGAUCGCGUACGGCGUUGCCACUCAGGCGCUUCUCCACCCCAAUGAUCCCAGGAUUGACUGGGUUUUCCGCAGAGCAUUGUACCGUCCCUACCUGCACAUUUUUGGCCAGAUCCCUCUGGAGGAAAUAGAUGCUGCUCGCAUGCCUGAAAUUAACUGCACCAAUGACUCAGAGGAGAUUAUCUCUGGUCUACGGCCUCCAUGUCCCAACGUCUACGCUAACUGGCUGGUCAUUCUACUGCUGGUUAUCUUCCUUCUUGUCACCAAUGUCCUGCUGCUCAACCUGCUCAUUGCCAUGUUCAGCUACACCUUCCAAGUAGUGCAGGGUAACACAGACAUCUUCUGGAAGUUCCAGAGGUACAACCUCAUUGUGGAAUACCACAGCCGUCCAGCACUGGCUCCACCCUUCAUCAUCAUCAGCCACCUCUCUCAGAUCCUCUUCAGCCUGGUCAAACAGCCAGAGUCCAAGCAGGAGCAUUUGGAAAGGGAGUUGCCAGUAGGAUUGGACCAGAGGUUGAUAACAUGGGAGACGGUGCAGAAGGAGAACUACCUGGCCAAACUGGAGCGCCAGCAUUGGGAAAGCAGUGAGGAGAGACUCAAGAGUACCUCCUCAAAGGUUCAGAGCCUGCUCAGGAUUGUAGGUGGGGUUAAGGACCAAGAGAAAAGACUGGCAUCCAUGGAGGCUCAGAUCAGAUAUUGUGGAGAGGUAUUGUCCUGGAUGGCAGAAUGCUUUGCUCAGAGCACGCUCAAAUGUGGGAAAGAGGCUCCAAAUGUUCCAAUUUCUCUAACAGGCUACAAGGCAAGCAUUUCCAAUGAUGCAUGUCAAAGUCAACCAGAGAAAGAUGUUAAACAGGAAAGGGGAGAAGAUGGAACAGGUCACCCAGGAUAUGGAGCAAACAAAAAGUUCCCUUAUAUUGAUGAGUAAAAGUAAUAACUGACAGCUAAUUAUAAAUUAACAUUUGUUUUGUUUUUUUGUAUAUUCCCCCGUACCAUGAAGAUAUCAUUAGGAAAAAUGUGUUUCCUGUACCUGUUUCUUGGUGUGAAUCAAUGCUGCAUAUGUUUUUACAAUACUGACUAUUGUUGCAAAUGCUUAUUUUCUUUGUUUGGCUGUGCCUGUGAUUUAAAUAUGUGAGAUAUUCAAUAAUGUGUGUGUGUGAUUAAAAUCAGUGUUUAUGUGUGUA